CUUCCGUGUUUUUUCGUUUAGUUGGUACGGUUACAACUAGGGACCGUUUUCAAAUUAAGAGAUGUUGGACGAAGAUCAUAAUCAUAUGAAAAGUGUUCUUGAUCAAUAUGAAGAAAAGGAUGUCAAGGAACUUCAUACAAGCUUAGACAUCGAGAUAAUUUUGAAUAUUUUGUAUUAAAAAUGAUAGAGUGUAGAAGUGUGGAUCAUGGCUAUUUAUUGUUUGAAGAGUUUAACCACAUUCAAAAGUUCGUACAUCCAUACAUUUCAAGAAUUCUUGAAAUCCACAUGUCUAUGAACUCAAAAAAUUCAGCAAUCUAUUUGUCUGUUAUUCGUAGCUACGUCGAUCUGCCAAGUGUGGAUUCCAUAAUUAAAGAAAAUACAGGAAAAACUGGUUUAAAAUGGAACUUAAUCUACCGAAUGCUCGGAAGUAUACUCACAGUCAUAUCCUCUUUGAAAAGUGCGGAUUGUGGCUCUAUCUAUUUACAUCCUGGUAAUAUUUUUCUCAGUGAGACAGGAUUUUGCAUGACCGACAUUUGGGGUCCAAACCUGAUGAAUUACGCUCGUAGAAUAGAUGUUUAUGUACAAUCCUUUGAAUACAUAAUGAAUCCUGAUCUUUUAGGUGAAAUGACCAUUGGAUGUCCUCCGGAUGAACUCCCACGGCGACGUUUACCCAGAUACAUCGAAUGGUGUGCUCCUGAAACGAGUCGGUUUGAAUUCACUGAUAAAUGUGAUAUAUGGACUUUGGGAUGUAUCAUCACAAUUCUAAUAUACAUGAAACAUUUAUUCAAAAAUGAAGAGAUCUUAGCGGUUGAUCAACUUAAAGUAAACGAAAAUGUAUUUCAUCAUUUUUCAUCUAGAGAAGAAUUAAAAACUCACAAACAACUAUUUAAUUUACUUUCAAAAAUGAUGAAAAACAAUCCAUCUGAACGUAUAAGCUUAAAUGAUCUUUUAAACGAUUUAUAUGUUCAAAUACUUAUGAAACAUACCAAUCCAGAAUUUAUUAUGAGAGCUAAACGAUGCAUUGUAACAGUGGCUGACAGACCAUUUCCAGUGAAUGAUACUAUAGAAGCUAAACUCACAUAUCUUCAUGUGAACUGGGAACAUGAGAACUGUGUUGAAAAAGCUACUGUUUGGUUCGCUGAAAAUAUUUCAAACAAUAAGCAAAUUCAUUUAGUACACAAAUUAUUGCCCCAUUUAUUUCGUCUCAUGUAUUUACAUCAAGCUAAUUUAUCAGUUAUUACGUCAUCUUUAACUAUCAUUAUUCAUCUUAUCGAACAUGAACAAUUCAAGCGGAUGUCAACGUGUUCAAGACAUUCUUACGAAGAUGUCGGUAAUUUAUCAUCAUCAUCGUAUGAAUUAUUGAAAGAAAAUAGUUACUUAAAAAGUGUUUUCAAAAUGAACCAUUUAUAUCUUGUUUUAAUCAUAAUGCAAAAACACGUUCAAUGUGUCAAUGUACAGAAAUUAGGUUUAACAUUUUUCAAUUCAUUAAUCAAUACAAAUUGUUCUACAACUAUUAAUUUGGCUAUGAUUAAUAAUUAUUUACAAACAUAUAAAACAGUAUUUAAAAAACUUCAUACAAUUAAUUUAUGUCAUCAUAUUAUAGAAUUAUUAAAUUGCACAACUAAUCAUGAUAUAAUUAAAAUAGCUGUUAGUUAUUUGUGGCGAUUUUGUAUUUAUGAACCGAUAGUUCAAAUAGCAGCCAAUGAAGGCGCAUUAUCUACUACUAUACAACUAAUGGAGUCUAAUAAAUGUGACGCUGAAAUUUUUACGCAUGGUCCUAUGAUUAUUGUCGCUUUGUUACGUAUUGAUGAAGUCAGAAGACAAGUUGCAGAAUACAAUAAUUUAAUCCCUAUUCUACUGCACGGUUUAAUACAAUUUAAAAAUUUACCAAUAACAAUCUGGAAUAUAUGUCUAUGCUUACAAGUUGUUAUAUAUUUGUCUGAAUAUUUUGCUUUACAAUUUACCAGUGAAUUGGAAGAAAAUGAAUUGAAGGAUGAGAAGAAUAAUGGAUUUGAUAUAUUAUAUCUAAUUUAUAAUAUACAUCCUGAUAAUACAACAAUUGUUGAAGCACUGUUAAAACCAAUCACAUCAGUACUAAAAUAUGGUAGGGAUGAUUUUGUAUAGAGUUUUAUCUAGCAAAAAUGAUUACUAUCUCAGUAGUUGUUAAUAGAUUAUAUUUGAUUUAUCCUGAGUUGAAUCUGAUAUCUCAUUUAAUUAAAAUGGCACAAUAUAAAGACAAAAUACAAGUCGUUUAUUGUAGUUUUUUUUAUUAGGAACUAUUAUCCUCGGUUAAUUCAUUGGAAACUAUAGAAUAAUAGGGCAAUACACUCAAGGACUGUUUGUAAUCCCCUCUAAAAAUAUCAUUCUCAUAGCU